AUCUGCAUGUAUAUACAUAUAUAUAUGUAUAUAGUGGCCCGUCCAGCUACGCUACCCUCAUCUAAGAAGGACCCGGCUACCCAGGGCACUCAUCCAUUCACCUGCUCAAGCAUCUCACACUUCUCCGGUCCAGGCACACAAAGUCGACUCGUCACAGCACAGGCAACAUGAGGGGCCUAUUCGCACUUCUGCUCCUGCCCCUGGCCCUCGCGGCCCCGACACCCGAGGCCGGCGAGCUCGUGGAGCGCCAGGCGGCCCAGAGCAUCGACCGUCUCAUGAAGGCCAAGGGGAAGCUGUAUUAUGGCACGGCCACCGACCAGGGCCGCCUCGGCCAGGGCAAGAACGCCGCCGUCAUCCAGGGCAACUUUGGCCAGGUCACGCCCGAGAACUCGAUGAAGUGGGAGUCGAUCGAGAGGAGCAAGGGCCAGUACAACUGGGGACAGGCCGACUACCUGGUUGACUGGGCUACCAAGAACGACAAGUCGAUCCGUGGCCACACCCUGGUGUGGCACUCGCAGCUCCCCGGCUGGGUCAGCAACAUCAACAACAAGGCCGAGCUCACCAAGGUGAUCCAGGACCACGUUGCCGCAGUCGUGGGCCGCUACAAGGGCAAGAUCCGGGCCUGGGACGUCCUCAACGAGAUCUUCAACGAGGACGGCUCGCUCCGCAGCUCGGUCUUCUCGCGGGUGCUGGGCGAGGACUUUGUGCGCAUCACGUUCGAGGCGGCGCGCAAGGCCGACCCGGACGCGGUGCUGUACAUCAACGACUACAACCUCGACAGCCCCAACGCCGCCAAGCUGACGCGCGGCAUGGUGGCCAACGUCAAGAAGUGGAUCUCGCAGGGCAUCCCCAUCGACGGCAUCGGCACGCAGGGCCACCUGCAGUCCGGGCAGGGCAGCGCGCUCGCGGGCGCCAUCAAGGCCCUGGCCGACACGGGCGUCAAGGAGGUGGCCGUCACGGAGCUCGACAUCCAGAACAACAACGCGAACGACUACGCCGCCGUGACCAAGGGCUGCCUCGCCGUCAAGUCGUGCGUCGGCAUCACCGUCUGGGGCGUCCGCGACCAGGACUCGUGGCGGCCCCAGGGCAACCCGCUCCUGUUCGACAGCGGCUUCAACGCCAAGGCCAACUACAACGCCAUCGUCCAGGCUCUGCAGUAGGCGGUCGCCAGUUCAUGCGCCUUUGACAAGAUUACCCGCAUACCUAGACGCCUAGGUAUCUCCUGAAGGGGCCUUCUCUGUAUAUAUCUUUUUUGCUUAUAUAUACUUCAUCACCUUGUACAUGUGCUCGCUGGCUGCUCAGCCACAGCAGAUCUUUA